AUGCACAUAGAAAGUGUCAGGGUUGAUAUCAGUGUUGUCAAUGUCCAGCGGUGUCCUCAUGGUGUCACUGCUGUGCAGGAGUUUGUGGUGUUUGUGGCAGUGAGAGACAGACAGGGGCAUAACUGUUCUGGGACCAUCAGGAUCAAGGUUCUGAGAGUUUACAACCCUCCCCUGGACUUUCUUCUCCCUUCCCAGAAUGUGACCAUCAAUGAGAACCAGGGUCCUGGAGGUGUGGUAGCCUCUGUCAGGGCCAACUUCUCCGCCCCUGACCUAUGCUACACCUUCUUGAAGGACUAUCGCCCAUUCAAGAUCGGGAGAGAGGACGGUAUCAUCAGAACAGCUUAUAACCUGGACUUGGAGGCGGAGCAGGCCCUGGCCCACAGUGUUCUGCUGGUGGAGGCCUACAGCUUGGCAGAGGAACGCAGUGGCACAGCCACUAUCACCGUCAAUGUCCUCGACGUCAAUGAGUACCCGCCGUUCUGCUCUCCCUCCGUGUUUGUGCUGGAGGUGUCAGAGACCACUGAGGUGGGCAGGAACCUGGGUUCUCUGUCCUGUGUGGACAUCGACGUCACCAACCACAGUGUGGCGCUAACACUCCUUGACAGCAGUGCGUCACGCUUCAAAUUUAGAAUCAAAGAUGGCCAACUCCAGGUUAACAACACUCUGGACUAUGACACAGCUGAAAUAGCCUCCAAUAACUUCCGGUAUGAGGCUACCAUCUUGGCAACAGACACAGGCAAACCUCCUCUCACAACCCAGGUGCGGGUGCUGGUGACAGUGACUCCUGUCAACGAGUUUGAGCCUGUGUUCACGGUCCUGGAGCUGAAUGUGCGUGAGGACAGCAGGCUGGGCAGCGCUGUAGGAGAGGUGCUGGCCAGAGACCCAGACUGGCCCUUCAACAACAUACGCUACUCCAUCACCUCAGGAAACGCCAGGUUCACCAUCCACCCAGAAGGAGGGCAGAUGUACCUGGGGACUGAGCUGGACUUUGAGUCUCAGCAGAUGCAUGUUGUGACCGUUCAGGCAGAGGACUAUGACCAGGAUGUCGACCGCACCAACCGUAAGAGGAAAAGCCAGAACAUCUUCAUAAGAGUGGAGAAUGUGAAUGACAAUGCUCCGGUGUGUAUGCCCGUCUCCUACGAGUCGACCAUCUUCUCCACACGCUCCGCCGCCCUCCCCAUCCUAUCUCUCCACUGCAGCGACGCAGACAACGACGUGCUCACAGCCACCAUCACUAACGGCGCUGCUGUGGACCGUUUCCAGAUCACUGGUUUGACCCUGUUCUCGAAAAACGUCUUCUCUUAUGUGGUGGACGGAGUCUACGACCACACCAGGUUUGAGGUGACCAUCUCUGUGUCGGAUGGCAGACACAACACUGAAGCUGUGGCUUACAUCUACGUGGUCCCCUGGACCACCACUACCCCAACCACCACCACAACCACGACAACUCAGGCUCCUCAGGUGGUGACUAUCAUCUCAGACUUCUGGCAGCCAGAGCCCUGGUUUGUUGCCGUGGUUACUGUUACUGGUGGUCUGCUUGUCCUGGUCCUGGGCCUUCUCAUCUGGACUAUACUGAGACGCACCCUGGGGUGGGGCACAAAGACCUUGACUCCUCAUUCAGUAGAGACGGAAGAGAUCCAUAAGCUCAGUCCACAUGGCAGUCAAAACGACGCCUUUGAGAAUGACAAGUCAUCACUAGAGGGCACCGACAGCAUGUCUAAAGUCAGUCUGCAGGAUGAGCUCAUGAGGUUUGAUGGUAAAGCUCAAGACCCAGUUUCUGGACGAAAUUACCUGUUCAACUCCUCCACUGGCGAGCGCCGCUGGCUGUAGACUCUAUGCUGUCUCUUUGUUGUCAAUGAUGUGCAGAUACCAGGUUACAGGUAGCUCUCAUAAAGAGUUAGAAAAUGACAACACUGGCAGCCUGGAGCAAUAGAUCAUUUCCUUAACAUGUCUUUAUGAUGUAAAUGAGUCAUAUCACAAGACACUCUAUAAUAGUCUGAUUUGAUAAAUGAUGGUGGUUGAAACUUCCACAAGGUUCUUCUACAUAAUGCCAGACCAUGGUGAACUUGAGUAAUAUGUCAGAUCAAACUCUAUAACAUGACUUUUAGAUAGUUGAUUAGAUGCAAAUCAUGUGCAGGAGUAGUUGCAAUUUUCCUAAAAGACUAACCGUCUCCGAAACUGUUUGGUUUAUAAAGUUUUCAUUAUACUAUCUUGCGUGUUAUGUGUUUAGCGUGAACAACGUGUAUUACAUGGUUAGAGUUGCGUGAAAAAGCUAUUUGUAAAAAUUGCAAAACAAUAAAAUAAACACAACAUGAAACAGUGGUCAGGUGAUCUCUACUUUUAUUUAAAUUAAAUCAUCAUAUAGGACUUUCAAGCAUUUAUUAUUUACCAAAAACUUUUUUCUCAAUUAGAUUUUUGUCUCUCAUAAUGUAUCAAUGCAUUCUUAGACAGUAUGAAGAAAACAGAAGGAAGAUGGAGGCGUACGGUAGGCCAGACGG